AUGGGCUACACACACUACUGGAAAAUUCCCGGCUGCCACACAGCCGCAUGGCAAAGAGCCUGGGUGCAGCUGGUCGCGGAUACCCACCAUAUGAUCGAAACGGCAGGCAUCGAGCUCUGCGGCAACUAUCUCGUCGAGAACGACCGGCAUGAAGACUUGAUUCCACCGCUCGUGAGCGUGGAAGAGGGUAUUGCAAUCAACGGCAUCGAAGACGACGGACACGAACUCUUCGAAAUGUCAAGGGGCAUUCCCAGGUUUCAGUGCUGCAAGACUGCGCGCAAGCCUUACGAUGUGGUGGUCUGCUGCGUUUUGCUGAGGGCGUGGAUGCUUGCUCCGGGGUGUAUCGAGGUCUCGUCCGACGGUCGGUGGGACGAUGAGCUGGAGUGGAUGCGAGCUCGUGAGUUGUAUGUUCGAGUCUGGCCUGGAGAUAUUAUUGUGCGUCCGCCAGAGAUCGAGGAGGGAUGUUAG